AUGUUGCAGGGCAAACUGGAAAGCGAUCUAAUGGAGACAAAUGAAUUGCUCAAACCCUAUGUCGUUAAAGAACUGGAGGCAGAGGUCAGUCUUGAAGGGAAAGACAGAACAACAUGCUCCUCUGACAUGAUUGAAUAUGUGCAACGCAUGGUUUGGGAACACAAUGAGGAUUACAAGGCAAUGGCAAGGAAUGAGAAGAAUUACUAUCAGGACACACGAAAACAGAUAAAAAAGAAAGUUGAAUUAUACAAACGAUGUCAUCCUGAGGUGUAUGCUGCAUUCAUUGCAUCCCUGCUGGCUCAGAUGUCCACAAGAUGUCCUAACGAAGAGAUUAAUUUGAACUGUUUCUCAAAUUGA